AAGAAAGAAAGAGCAUGUGUAUAAGAGAGAGAGAGAGAGAAAGAGAGAUGAAGAGAGAAAGAGAUAAAGAGAGAGAGAAAGAGAGAGAAAUAUAUAUACAUAUAUAUAGAGAGAGAAAGAGAGAGCGUGCGUGAGAGAGAGAGAGAGAGAGAGAGAGAGAGAGAGAGAAAGGGCGGGACAGAGGGUGAUGAGGGUGGAGGGCGGUGGACCAGGAGCAGGAGGGAGAGACUCGGCUUCGAAUCAGGGGGUUGCUUUCAGAGGACUACGCAGUGCUCUCUCGUCUCGCGAGCCGAGAGAACGGGAGGACGAGAGAGGAUCGUUGGUCGUGUCGAAUUGCAUCGCUAUGCUUCGCAUCGCAUCGUAACGUAUCGUAUGGUAUCGUAUCGUAUCGUAUCGUAUCGUAUCGUAUCGUAUCGUAUCGUAUCGUAUCGUAUCGUAUCGUAUCGCGUCGUAUCGUAUCGUAUCGCAGUCGGGAAAAGUUGGGCUGCAAACUGACCGGCCGCGAAACCCUUUUGAUAGAUCUCGCUACCCUUCGAAGAAUUUAACCCUUAGCAACCUCCCUUUUCACUCUCUUUGCUCUUCACCCUUGAUAUAUAUAUAUAUACAUAUAUACAUAUAUAUAUAUAUAUACACGUCAUCUAUCACUAACCCUUUUUACCCGCCAAAAACGUUUUAUCCGGAAGUAAGCUGAUCAUCUUCCUUGUUAUUUGUCUUUUUUCUCUCUCUCUCUCUCUCUCUCUCUCUCUCUUGUUCUUUCUUUCUCUAUCUCUAUCUCUAUCUGAAGUUCUAUCUCCAUCUGUUUUUCUCAACAACGACGACGACAACGUCUCUCUCAACGUACACUCCUCUCCUAUGACACACCCCCUCGAGUACUCUGAACGUGACGAUCUCGAGGGAUGAAGCCUCGACCGCUGAUUAACACGUCUGGAUUUAGAGAUCGCUCGAUGGGAAUAAGUUAACGCUUACGGAAAGCCCACGGCGAGGUCUUUGAGAUUACUUCUUUCCCGUUUGGGAUUUGACCACUCAUCCCGAUGACUCCCGAAGUGUGACUUUAAAACUUUUGGUGAUAAAUACGAAUGGAAUAAUCGAACAGGAAAUAAUAUAAAUGAUCUAGAUAUUCGUAUACCUCAUAUAUAUAUAAUAAUAAUAAUAAUAAAAUAUAUAUAUAUAUGAUUUGAGACAGUGAGAAAAGUGAUUCGGAAUUUCGAAAAUCUCUUUAAACACAGACGUCUAUGAUACUAACGUAAGACGAAAUAUAAUCGUCUAUCCCGACUAAAUUCGAAACAAGAAUGGAAGAAGAGAAAACGGUUGGAUCUAUUUAUACCAAAGGCCAGAGAGUUGCGAUUGGUGGCUGAAGUUGUGCUUCGAGGAUCUGAUUGGUUCGUUCGGUUUCACAAAAACGUUCGGGGAAAAAAGGGAAAAAGAAAAAGAAGAGGAAGAAAGAAAGAAAGGAGAAAAGGAAAAGGAAAAAGCAAAAAAGAAAAGAAACGUACAAAAGAAGACUAAAGUGAGAGAAAGACAUGUGCGAUGGAUAAAGUUCAAAGAUCGAAGGGACGAUACGAAGGGCAAGGACGAAGACCUUACAAAAGUCAGAGUUGGCAGGGAACAUCAAAAGGAUGAUACUUUAUUUUCUUCGACGAGAACGGUCUCGAUCGAUCGUAAGGCCCCACGUUUCAUUCGUUUAAACGUUCUCUACCCUCGGUGUAAGAAGAGUCGAGCCAAUUAGGAGCAAAGCAUCUCGAGACGUGAACGAAAAGGUGCGAAAAGGGGACAAAAAGGGAACAACAUACCAAGGGUAAAGUCUAUUCGGAUAGAAAAGGAAAAAAGAGAAAAGAAAAAAAACAAAAAAGGAAAGAGACAUACGACGUGGGAUCUUUUGAAGAAAUGGCCGCUGGCUCAGCGGUGGCAAUGAUAGGAGCAAAUUUAAGGUUUGGCAUCGGUGCCUCCGGAAACGUAACAUCCAACGCCACCAAAGUAUUUCAGUGUCAUCCCGGUGGUGUUGCUGAAGCAACUGUUAUAUUCAGUCUUGGUGCCCUUGGAAUGGGUGCUAAUAUCAUACUUAUGUCAUUGAUACUAGUGAAACGACAGUUACGAAGAUGGUCUCAGGGCUUAUUAUUUCAUCAAGCUAUGGUGGAUUGUGCAAGAGCUGCAAUUUUACUACCCCUGGGCUCGAGUAUUUUGAAUUGUCAGCCAGUUAACAAAUGCUCUCUAGUCGAAACAGCUUUCCUACUACUUGUAACAGUUUCAACAGUGAAUAUGCUUACAACUGUGUUAAAUGAUAGUCCCAUAUUCCCUGAGAGCGAUGAGGAAGUUGAGUUAACCGCUCCUUUACUUAUGGAUUCACCGCAGUGUGUACUAUUUGGUACCUUUAUGAUAUGGUUCGCUAGCAUAACCAUAAAUCUUGGUCCGACGUUUCUAAGCGGUGCACUGGCAGCCAACACAGAAAGUGGACACAAUGCACCGAGCUGUCCACUGGUGCAUGGUCCCUUUCGUCACUACAUUCUCAACGUUCUUUGGAUCGUCAUAAAUAUAAUCUGUGUGGCACUCACACUUUUUCAUUUACGAAAACUACACAGAGACUUGACAAAAGCUAAUAUAGAAGCGGUUCGUGUAGCUGAUCUUGUUACUACAUUGGUCCACGUCACUGGUGCUCACCAAAGAGGAUCGAGUACCGUUCCUUGUGAAGAUGACACGAACGAUGCUCGAACUCCAGUGACACCAAAAAGAAGCAAUGCUCUGGAGGAGUACAGAAAGAUGAGAAAUUAUUUGAGAAGAAUGGAACAGGAGGGUGUGCAAAGGGUAAAAAUGUUCCUGGUUAUUACUGCAGCGUACGUGAUAUUUUGGGGACCACUAUUUUUCGUCACGCUAGUGCAUCAUCCUAUCAUAGGAAACGCGAUUGGUUAUGAGGUCACUUUGCACAUAGCUUAUGUGCAUGCCUUCGUCAAUCCAACCCUUUUUUUGACCUUACAUAAAGGUCUAAGACAAGGAAUGUCGGAUGUCUGUUGUACCUGUUGCGAGAGCAUAGCUCGGUGGAUUUUAGGUACUACAGCAAAUAAUACUAUCCAAAGUGUACAACCACCAAGAUAUGAACCACCAUUGAACGUACCAUCUCCACCGGAUCCACCCUUAGUACAGCCUAUAUCAACAGCUGCUUGCGAUCUCACUGAUGUUGCACUUUUGAAACCACCUUUACCACCUAACGCUAAACAUCUAGUCGUUGAGGAUCAAGUUCCACCAGAUCCAUGGAGUUUAAUUUCAAGACCGAAAAGUACGUCGAGUCUUUAUGAGGAAGAAUUAUCAAGAAGACCUAGUCUUUUGUUACCACCACCACCACAACUGAAUGAUCUACAAAUGACGAGUCCUACUAGCAGCGAUCUACCCAGUGAAUAAAACUUUCGAACUAUUAUAUAUAUAUCGAUAUUAUUAUAUAUAUACAUAUAUAAAAAAAAAAGAGAGAAAGAAAAAAAAUUCUCGUUUAAUCAAAGGGAAGAUUAUUGUAUCGUGAAAAUGGACAAACUAUUUGUCCGCUAUGUUUCCUCGUAAAAAAAAAAAGAGAGAGAGAGAGAGAGAGAGAAAGAAAAACGAAAUAAAUCUUUCUAAUCGGAUUAAAACGAAGGGUCAUCAUCGUGAAAACGUAAUCGAUUUAGGAUAUCUAUCUUGAAAUUUCUUCAAUAUUGCACAAACUCUAACUCGAAAAAAAAAGAAAAAAAAACAAAAAAAAAACAAAAA